UCAAAAUUGUAGAAGAUUGAAACAAACGAUUCGGUGUUUAGUGUGUCUUCAUAUCGCCCGACUUGCAAAGAGUAAUCUAUCAAUCUUGCAUAAAAACUGAUGAUGGCAAUCAACCCUCGGAAAUUUCAAAUAGUGGGAAAUAUGCAAAUGGUUUUCACAGUUGAUGAGGAAAGUGGAAAGGACGCUUAUGUGUUAAGUGCCUUGACAAAGCUUCCUGACAAUCCAUUUGUAGCUUUAUCUGCUCUACAUUUUCUGCAGCAUGAUCCCCUGACUACACGUUUGGCUUUGCAACGGCUAGUACAAUCGAUAGACCCUAAUACCGAGAAAGGUGUACAAGACCUGUCUUGGUUGACGGAGCACCAUCUGGUUGAUUUGCUUGCUAAUAUACUGGCAGACUACGGAACAAGCAAUGAGAAUAUAGCUUGUAGUGUAUGUGCUAUAGUAUUUGAUAUAUCUGGCCAACCAAAGGGUCGUUCUGAACUCAUCAAGUUUGGAAUCAUACCCAAGAUAAUAGAAAGCGCUCGGACUUUUCCCAGGCAACGAAAACUUGUAUAUUUUGUUUGUGGAGCACUUGGUAACUUAUUGUGGGAGAAGAAAACAAGAGAUAUCGUAUUAAUGAAGGAGAUCGUGAACUUCCUUAUGGCAAGCAUCGUGAACAAUGAAACCGAAGAAAGAAUAGUUCGAGAAGGCAUUCGAGGGCUGUAUAAUGCGUGCUAUGUGGAAGAAACUGCAGAAAUGCUAUCAAGUGCGAGAUCCUGGAUGGAAAAGCUGGAAAACAUUAUGAAUAACCUGACGGAUAGAAAUUCUACAGCUCAUCUGUUCUUUCAAAAACUAGAACAGAAACUGGAAACGUCGCAAGAAGAUAAUUUGGUCAAGAAGAUUUCUUGGGUUUCUGUGACAAGUGAACAGGAAGAAGUUGCUGGUUCCGCUGCAGUAGAAAGUCAAGAAACGGAAGAUUGCUCUUUUAGUCAGGUCGACAAUUCUCCAAGGAAAUGUUUGAACAAUAACAAGGAAGAAUGGAACUCCAUAUCGCAAGGCUGUUCGACACUUCCGUCUUAUGCUAUGCUUUCAGUUGUCUUGGGUGGUCUCUUAUUAAGUGCCUUUGCUUAUUAUCGAUGGCAUUGAGUUUGUAUUUACAUAUGUAAUCAAUAUACGUAUAAAAAGAGAGUUGUAUGCACAUAAAUGAGUUGCUUUCUAACAAUGUUGCUUUUAACAAGUUUAAUCUAUUUCUCAAAACUAUAUUGAGACUGUAGAAGCUAUAAAGUUGAAUCAACUUGCCUUCUGUGUUGCUUUCUUGAAAGUGGAAUUGUAAAUGACAAAACAAGUUGGAUAACUUGUUUCAAGUAGUCAAAUAUUAUCGUUUGUAAGCAAUUGAAUUGUCUAUGACUUUGCUAUUCUCCUUUUACCGUCACUAGAAGAAAACCACUAUCAGAAAUAACAAAUAAACUCCUGCAUCGUUUUGAGACGUUGACAUAUUGAAAGUGGAUAAUUUUUUCUCCCAGAAAAGUAGCGACUUUGUCAAGGAAUAUUCAACGCAGACUUCCGUGACUAGAGCCUGCUGCUGAGUUACAUACUAUGGACACUGUCGAAGCAUUUAAACGACUAAAGUUUAUGACUGCACGGAAAUCAUCCAAUGAAACUAUCUAGGCAAGUUUUUUGGGAUGCGCUUAAAGCACCUCAUUUGUUGAGGAUACUCGUAGUCUAAGAGUUGCGGGAGUAUAGCUAUUACAUCCAGGGAAGAGGGUCCUUUGUCCUAUCUUAUGACUUUUUGUAUCUUCAAGUAUUUGUUGUUUUCUUUCAUUUUGAAGUUUGGCUGUUUGAACUC